UUCACGGAGCGGACGCGGGAUGGCGCGCGCGGCGGCGACGGUGCCGAGAGCGGCGGUUCCGAGAUGUCGGCCGGCAGCGGCGGCGGUGGUUCCAGCGGCGAAGGGCGGCGCCCCUCCACCUGCCGCGUGGAGCUGGGUGCGUUGCUUGCGCCCGAGCCACGGCCUCUCGACAACAAGGUCAAGCGGCAUAGCAUCCAUGGCAUGACAGAGGAAGAGAAUGUGGUGCGGCCACACCAAGAGAUGGCCGUGCUCUCGCUCGAGGAGAAGAAGUACCUGUUGGGAGUGGAGCGCGGUGACGUGGCGGGCACGCGGCGAGUUCUGCAGCGGGCACGGGACACUGGUCACAUCAACGUGGACUGCGUCGACCCGCUCGGCCGCAGUGCGCUCCUCAUGGCUAUCGAUAACGAGAAUCUUGAGAUGGUAGAGCUCCUGCUGGAGUUCGGCGUAGAGACCCGCGAUGCGCUGCUGCACGCUAUCUCUGAGGAGUUCGUCGAGGCAGUAGAGGCGCUGCUCGACCAUGAGGAGCGCACCAAGAAGCCGGGGGAGCCCAACAGCUGGGAAGCGCUGCCGCCGGAGACUGCCACCUUCACGUCAGACAUCACGCCGCUGAUUCUGGCGGCGCACCGCGACAGUUACGAGAUCAUCAAACUUUUAUUGGACCGUGGCGCGUCGCUGCCGGUCCCACAUGACGUGCGCUGCGGUUGCGACGAGUGCGUGCGCUCGCGACGGGAGGAUUCUCUGCGUCACUCUCGGUCGCGUAUCAACGCGUACCGUGCCUUGGCUUCACCUUCACUCAUUGCGCUCUCCUCCAAGGAUCCCAUCCUGACAGCUUUCGAGUUGUCGUGGGAACUGCGCCGGUUGUCGGCCCUCGAGCACGAGUUUAAAACGGAGUACCAAGAGUUGCGCGCGCAGUGCCAAGAGUUUGCGACAGCGCUGCUCGAUCACACGCGCACCUCUAAUGAGCUUCAGAUCCUGCUUAACCACGAGACAGGUUCGCCACAGGCUCCGCUCGCCGAGCCUGGCGCGCCCGAGCGCAUGCGUCUCUCCAGGCUCAAGCUGGCUAUCAAACUGCGGCAGAAGAAGUUCGUGGCACACCCGAACGUGCAACAGUUGCUGGCGUCGAUCUGGUACGAGAGCGUGCCCGGGUUCCGGCGCAAGAACAUGCUGCUGCAGGCGGCAGAGAUGGUGCGCAUCGGCGCCAUGUUCCCGCUCUACUCGCUCGCGUACAUCGCAGCGCCGCACUCCGCCGUCGGGCGUACGCUGCGCAAGCCCUUCAUCAAGUUCCUCUGCCAUUCCGCUAGCUACUUCAUGUUUCUGUUCCUGCUGAUCUUGGCGUCGCAGCGUAUCGAGACGGCGGCAGGGGGCCUGUUGUGGGGCGCGCCGCCCGGGGAGCCCCUCUCGCGCCGCGGCGCACCGCCCUCCCUCGUCGAGUGGCUCAUCCUCGCCUGGGUCAGCGGUCUGAUAUGGAGCGAGGUGAAGCAGCUGUGGGACAUGGGGCUGCGUGAGUACGUGCAUGACAUGUGGAACGUGAUCGACUUCGUCACCAACUCGCUAUACGUGGCUACCGUCGCGCUGCGGAUCGUCUCGCACUUCCAGGUGCGGCGCGAGAUGGCCAUGGGUCGGCAGUGGAAUCAGCCGCGCGAGAAGUGGGACGCGUGGGACCCGAUGCUGCUUUCGGAGGGGCUGUUCUCGGCCGCCAACAUCUUCAGCAGCCUGAAGCUGGUGUACAUCUUCAGCGUGAACCCGCACCUCGGGCCGCUGCAAGUGUCGCUCAGCCGCAUGGUGCUCGACAUAUUAAAGUUCUUUGUGCUCGACAUACUCGUCAUCUUUGCGUUCUCCUGCGGACUGAACCAACUGUUGUGGUACUACGCGGACAUGGAGAAGAAACGCUGUACGACCGGCAACUCGGUGGUCGCCAACGGCACCUACCCUGACCCCGACGCCUGCAUCGUCUGGAGACGCUUCGCCAAUUUGUUCGAGACGAUGCAGACGCUGUUCUGGGCGGCGUUCGGGCUGGUGGACCUGGACUCGUUCGAGUUGGACGGCAUCAAGAUCUUCACGCGGUUCUGGGGCAUGCUGAUGUUCGGCACAUACGCCGUCAUCAACGUGAUCGUGCUGCUCAACCUGCUCAUCGCCAUGAUGAACCACUCCUACCAACUCAUAUCCGAGCGCGCCGACGUGGAGUGGAAGUUCGCGCGGAGUAAGCUGUGGAUUAGCUACUUCGAAGAGGGCGGCACGGCGCCGCCGCCGUUCAACGUGGUGCCGUCGCCCAAGUCGCUGCUGUACGCGUGGCGCUGGCUGCAGCGGCGCUUGUGCGGCCACGCGCGUGCCAAGCGCGAACACAUGCGCACUAUACGGAGAAAGGCCAAACAAGCAAAUGAAAGAGAUUUCCGCUAUCAGGCGAUCAUGCGCAACCUGGUGCGGCGCUAUGUGACGGUGCAGCAGCGGCGCGCGGAGUGCGGCGGCGUAACCGAGGACGACGUCAACGAGAUUAAGCAGGACGUUAGCGCUUUUCGCUGCGAGCUCGUGGAGAUCCUGCGCAAUUCCGGCAUGAACACGUCUACGGCUAACGCCGGAGCACCAGGAGGCGGCGGCGGCAAGAAGAACCGUCAGAAAGAGCGUCGUCUGAUGAAAGGGUUCAACAUAGCGCCGGGCGGGUCGCUGGCGCCGGUGGACGAGUUCCUGGCGUCGCUGCACCACGAGCACGGCGCGCACGCGUCGCACCACGCGUCGCUGUCGGCGCUGCUGGGCGGCCGGCUGCGCGCCUCGCAGUCCAGCCUGAGCGACGGCGGCGCGGCGGCGGGCGCGGCGGCGGGCGCGCUGGCGCGGCGCAAGCCCCCCGCGCACAAGCGCCGCUGGGGCACCAUCAUCGAGGCCGCGCGCGCCGCCCGCGUCUCGCGCCUCAUCGGCCGCUCGCGCUCCGAGGACUCCGUCUGCGACCACGCGAGGCACUCGCCCAGUGGCAGCGAGCGGUCCGAGUCCGGCAGCGACUCUCAGCGCAGCCCGGAGCGCACGGGGUCGCGCAGCGGGCCGCUGCACCCGCUGACGGCGCUGGCGGCGCUCAAGCGCAAGCGCAAGAAGUUCUCGGACUCGCGGCGGCAGGAGGCGCAGCAGCGCGCCACGCCGCCCGGCGACGCGCUGCAGCGCGCGUCCUCGGUGCCGGCGCGCGUGCCGCCCGUGCCGCCGCCGCCGCGGGCCGCCGUCGUGCCGCCCGCGCUGUCGCCCUCCACCACCGCCGAGAGCGUCGCCACUCGCGGCGGCAGUCGCGAGCCGCUCCUCGCCAGCCUCGACGACGAUGCGCACAAGGAGGCGUGCGGACAGUGCGGAUACGAGGCGGGUCCGGGCGGCGGCGCGGAGGCCCGCGCGAGCAGCGCCGACUCGACGGGCACGGCGGGGUCGGCGGCGGGCGAGGCGGCGCCGUGCGGCCGGUGCGCGGCGCUGGCGCGGCUGGCGGGCGUCACGCCGCUGCACGGCCACGCGCCGCAGCACUCCGCGGGCUGGCUCUAGCGCGAGCCGACGUACUGCGCGAGUCGCACUCACUCGUCACGAGCGUCCUCGGUGUUUCAUGCCGACACUAGUAUCAAUUUCAACCGUAUGAACUAUGUAUUUAUAAGUAGUGUACCAAAUGCAAGAAAAGUGUGCACGUGUGAGCAGUGUUACUUUACCGACAUGAUUUCAAAAGGGCAACCUAGCUCCUCGGCUUUCACUGCAUUCAGCACCGAGUUGAGUAUUUAUUAGUCAGUUUCUUUCGUUCGUUUGGUCAUCGUUGAUAUAGCUUCGAACUCUAGCAGAUCAUUAACGCUAGAGUAGAGAACCAUUAAGUGAGUGCGGAAGGUUCUGGGCCGCCCAUCACUGCUGCUCCGCGUGCUGACUGUGCGUUUUGGUGCACCAACAGUGGCUGACUACUGUCGCAGUAGAUAGCUCUUCCUAUCUUAACGAAGACAUAUUUUAUCGAACACCAACUAGUUAAGUAGAAACAAUCGAAAUUUUAAACUAGACCUAAUUAUGUAUUAGCUUAUAAGUACCUAUACCUAAUAUUUUAUAUAUUUACAUAUGUUUCACGAUAAGCUCUCGGCGGAAUGUUGACUUUGAGACACAUUGGUCGUAGAUAUACUUAUGACAAAAGUUAUGAAGCUAGAAACUAUACAGCCAAACUAUUCCUACGUUACAUAUCAAGAAAAAAAGGAAGCCCCAUUCGACUAUAAAUUAAUACUAACCUACUAAUUGAACAGGGCGAACGAUGAAAUAAAUUAAAAUAAGACAUCUCAAAUGAGAUCAGCGGGCAAACUAUAUUUAUAAUACGAAGUCAAGAUCCCGCCGACGCAUCCUGAGCUAAUGUCUAGACUAGUCUAGUCUAUGUUACUAAGCAUAAUAAUGUGUUCCAUUAAAGUUUUCCAAUAAUAAGUUACUGUAUUUGCGCACACAGAAAUAGCUAAGUAUAUUUAUAUGUAAGUAAGAUCGAACAAUGCAAAACAGGGAUUUUUAUCACGUACAUAUUAUAUCCUAACAGCAGAUUAAAAACGGGUUCAUCCAGAGUCGGCUUUACUGUCGCCCGUGCCGGGAAACGCAAGAGGUAUAGGUGGGCGCUACAGGCAUACACUUGGGAACUUAAAUAAAGAUCGUUGGAAAAAACGGUCAAAAUAUUUUUUUGAUCCGGGGCGUCCGGAUACAUAAAGCCGGCCCUAGGUUCGCCCGAGCUCAGGGAGCCCUGAGCCCGCGGGCUCCGGGCCUUGACUCGACACGUGUGAAUGUUUGUAGUGUAGGCAUCGCGCGGCGGACUUGCACACAAGCCUUUUAGCCCAAUUUGUUAUUAUCAUCAUUGGUUCUCCUAGCGCACUUUCGUUCUGUCUUCUCAUAUGCUAAGCCCUUAUAAGUACUACAGUCGAGGGAGCUUUAUUAGAUUGCUUACUUAAAAUGUUUCUAUGUUGUGUUACAGAACAGAAAACAGUGUAGUGAUCCUCAUUCCCCGUACAGUUUUCAUGUGCGCCAUUGAUUGUAAUUUGUUGGCAGUAGGCACUAGGCACAUGUGUGUUCGCUGUCGCGAGGGCAUGGCACUCGGCAGGUCCGCCGCCCGCACCAGUAGCUGGUAGCAAGUAACAGAUGACGCAAUAUUUUACAAUCACAUUUACAUAACGUGUACACUCGCAACAAUGGAUACGAUUUACAAAAUAUUUUCGUAUAUAAUUUGGCAUGUGGAUAGAAGUGUACGCGGGCUACACCACGCCUAGUGGUAGCCGCCGUAGUGUGCACGUCACCUCCGCGUAAAUCCACCGACAUGACAUCAGCACUGCAGCCAGUCGCCAGCCACCAGUCGCACCACGCUCACACACUCUGUGCGAUCGCUACGAAUACUUCAUAACUGUAACAUACUUAUGAGUUUCUAGUAGGUAAGAGUAUUUUUUUUAAUGAUUGUUAUCAUUGCACGACAGACUCUACAAUGAAUUAAUAUUCGUUCGUAACAUAAUUUUUCCUAAUACCUUUUUCUACGUAUGAUUAAGGUACUUUAAUAUUCUUAAGAGAGCUAUCAAGACGCAAAAUGCUCUAUCAGAAUUAUUUUGAAUAUAAUCGAAAGUACGCAACGAUAAGUGUGUGCUGGUUGGAGCUAGGUUUGAAAAGAAUGGAUUGAAACUGGUAUGUCACGUCGGUAGAUUUGUGCAGGUCUAUUUGUAGUUAGUAAGUGCGUCGCGCGGUCACCGCGCACGCCGGCCCGCGACGCGACGCAUAUCGUCCUUCUGUGUACGCUGUAGUCGGUAAUGCAGCUGUGUAUCAUUGUUUAACUAAAGACGCGGCUUUCGGCGGCGCGAUACUCGCUGCUCGACGGCUACUUGCACUCCAUCGCCUCAUUUACAUGGACAACAUGCUGUAACGCUACCAAUAGGUAGUCAUUUACUAUUCACGACGCUACUAAACGACUCUACGGAUAAGGUAGCAGGCGAUGCCAUAACUCUGUUGUUCUAUAUAGUAUCGGAUAGAAUUUUAAACGCGCCUAUAUUUUAAUUCUUUACAAAAUAAUAACGCAUGCGUGUUUUACAUUGACACAAUUUUCAAUUUAUGUUCUGUAGGCAUUAGCUUUGUGCAAAUGAGGCUUCAAUGCUAGAAUUUUUUUGACACAAUACGCUGUUCAACUUUCUUCUCAAGAAAUUUCUUUAUUUUAUUAUAUGUAGGCAUUCCUUACGGCGAUUUACGAUUCAUAGGUGCGAGUAUAAAAAUGAGUCAUCCGAACAUUCGAUCUAUCUAAUGAUGUAGCCUGUAGGUAGGUACUGAUCUAUGAAGUGUAUCGAUGUGUUUGUCACCUCACAGCGCAGUUGCGGGUGCGCGCCGCCGAGUUAACGCUCUUGUAAUGUAUAAUUUGUCGUUCGACGAGUGCUGGAUAUAUUUUGUAUCCGGUACGACCAGAGGCCUUCAAGUGUUUAGUUGCCGAGUUGCGCCGCGCCGCCACUGCGCGACACUGCGCGACAUUACGCGACACUGCGCGACACGGCGCGACACCGCGCGCGCUCUCGGCGCACGAUCGAUUAUUAUAUUUUGUAAAGAGUUGUUAUUUAUUUAUACAUCAUAUUUGUAUAUAACGGUGCGAAGUUUAAUAAAAUAAGCACUAAUUA